AUGUCUGUCUCGUAUAAUUCUGAUGCCACUCUUGAUAGUGCGACCUGGGUGGCUGUCUUGCUGAGCGAACGCGAUGUCGCCGGCCAAAUACCAAUCAACUUUGUAACCAACCCCGCUGUAUCAUUGACGGCUGCAUGUUUUGGAGACGGCCUUUACGAUGAAACAGCAGCUACACAAUGCAUCUCCAAUCUUCUGUCGGUCGGGUACCGACGGUUAAUACUAGACAUAUAUUGGUCAGUCGAACAUAGGACAUGGACAUUUUGCCCUGUCGACAUUCCCACGACGGCCGACGUGACACUUUCAGCAUACACCUCAACCAUGAGCAGUUCCUCAACGACAUCCACCGUCACAUCCACAUCCACCGAGUCCGCGUCUGCGUCUGCUUCUGCGUCCACAACAACUGAGGCAGCCGACGCCACGUCAACGGGAUACAAGGAUUCCCAGGGUGAGACGGUCUAUGAGCUUGGGCCGUACAGAUGUACUAGUGACCUUAAUCUAUACACAAUAUCGCAAAUUCUGGUCGGAUACUUCCAGAGUACGACAUCUAGAGAGGAAACGUUUACAACCUGGUUGGCUUUGAACCUCCAUGUCGCAGGAAGUGAUUCAGCGCCGACAGAGCCUGCAUCGGCGGUCACAGGCGAUGAUUUGCCCAAAACAGAAACUGAGCGGGCUGGAGCGUACCUCGGAACGGUACUAAGGGACUAUAUCUAUACUCCAGCUCAGCUUGCCAAGGAUCGAAGCAACCUGAACGAGUCCUGGUAUGAGGUUGACACGAGUUACAUGCCUAUCGUGGAAUAUUACACGAUUCACACGGACGAAUCAGGUCAACAGAGCACUCCGGAUGGAUGGCCGUCUGCAAAAUACAUCCAGUUUGCCAAAUCAGACAGAGUACUGAUUGAGUAUGGGUCGGUGGAUCCCCAGCUGGCCGAGUAUGAUUUAUCGCAAGAUGAAGACGAUAUUUUCGGUCCAUAUUAUAUGUCAUCUGGUGUGAAGAUUUCCACCGCGGAGAAUGGCACGGUGACUGCGGGCUGUUUAUAUGAACCGGGAGCUACCGCCGUAUCCCAAGCCAAUUCGUCAUGGGCAACCAGUCAAAUCCCUGUUACGGACGGACUGUCCAUUGAAAGUGCCAUGGGUUCCAUCACCGAUGUCAUCGCUGGAAUUACUGCCUGCGGCAUGUCUCCCAUGCUGAACAGUACUCUCUUUGACCAAAACGCCGGCGCCGAUGUUCAGCAUUACCGCAAUGUAUCUCUUUCAUCUAGCUGGGCCUGGGCAAUCGGUGAGCCUCAAGGCGCAGGUACUGGUGGUGGUACAAAUGGCGAGCCCGCUUUUGACCGCUGCUCAAUCAUGGAUCUAUCACUUGAAGGCCGCUGGCGGGCCACCAACUGCACUGAAGUACGACGCGGUGCCUGUCGAGUAGGCAAUUCCCCGUUCGCAUGGACUGUGACCAAUGCAACGGCGAAGUAUUCAGAGAUCUCGGAGUCUUGUCCACCAGGGUCUACCCUCGCAGUACCCCGAACUGGCCUUGAAAACACCUAUUUAUAUAAGCAGCUCCUUUCUGAGGAGUCGACAGUCCUGGACUCGACGUCCUCGGACCCGGCUCUCCGUGAGAUUUUCCUGGAUUUCAAUUGUAUUGAUAUUACUUCCUGCUGGGUCACUGGUGGAGCGCAAGCUACCUGUCCGUACGCAAAUAAUCCACAACAGCUGGAGCGUAAGACGGUCCUUGUUUCAGUUGUUGCUGGAGUUGUGAUCUGUGUCAUCUUUGCAUUGACAGUUUUUGUCAAGUGUAAUACUAAUCGUCGGAACUCUCGUCGUCGAAGGCGUGUUAUUGAGGGAUGGGAGUAUGAGGGUGUUCCCUCGUAA